AUGAAUCUACAAAGACAGAAGCACUUUAACUUUCGUAUUAAUGAUAUAAAGCUUAUUAAAAACAUAAGCAAAGACAAACCAUUUAUUUUAAAAGAAUAUUUAAACGGGGCUGAAAAUUCUGUAUUUCUUAACGAUUUUGAUGUUAUAAUUAAAACGUUCAAUGAUUGUUUAUUUAAAAUAGUAAAAAUAUAUCUGUAUUCGUGUAAAGAUAAGAAGAAACUACUGGGGAUGACAAAGAUCAGAGUUAAGGAAAUAUUAUUAGCAGGUAAAAAGCUGUUUCAGGAGAAAAUAAAAAAAGAAAUGAGUGGUUUGUUUGCUAAGGACAGCACAGGGGUAAUUAAACUACCAAUUUAUAAAGUUGAUUACGUAAGUAUGCUUGAUUUUUAUGAUGAUGAAAAAAAUUCAAUAGGAGAGAUGACAAUCAGAUAUAAGAUUAGUGACACCAAUGAAUUGUUUGUUUUAAAUGAACAACCCAGUAUAAUGCAGAAUAUACUUAAUUAUGUGUUUACAAAAGAAGAAUCAACAAUUUUAAAUUAUGUAAAGGAUGAUUUAAUUGAACUGAUAACAGAUUCACACUAUGAUAGAUUGUUGUUGUUUUUAGGCACAUUUCCAAUUACUAAUUAUUACAGUGAUAUCUAUGGAGUGUGUGACGGUAUAAAUUGUGAAACUAAAUGUGAAAAUCCAUUUUGA